GACGACGUCGCUGCCCGAUGACGUAGUUGUAAACAGUCGGGCAUGGCGGCGUUGUUACUGCACUGCCUAAACCGCUCCAGCGUCGGCUCGGUGGACUCCAGCUUGUCGGUGCUCGAGUCUGACUGUGCAAGUGCAAACCAGCCGUCUUCGUGCCUUCUACUGGGGGAGAUGGGCAGCGGUAAAACGUCCCUGCUGUUUCUGACGGCUUUACUGGCGGCUUCGGAUUUUGGCUUAAAGGUAGUUUUCCUUGCGCCGACCCAGCUGCAGACGCGGCCGCCGUCGCUGCAUGGAAGCAGGGGCGCGAUGGACCCGCACGGCUUAAAGAGAAUUCAGUUUAUUUAUCCAAGAAAAAUGAAUGAUCUGUUGCAAUACAUUGCCUCCCUACACAAUGAAAAGCACCUUCCCUCGCUCAUUGUUGUGGACAAACUUGAUGAGUAUGUGUACACGGCCAGCGGCGGCAGCCGUCCCCUCCACGCGGUGGCUCGCGUUUGUGCUCUGCUCUUGGACACUGUGAGCUUUGUGGCCCAAAAAAGAGCCUCCACAUGUGACAAAGGACCCGGGAAGAAGCCAUGUGCCAACUGUCACGUCAUUGUGUCAUUUAAUGUCUCUCAGGCGGCCCCGGAACAGAAUCCACAGAAAGAUCAGGUGCUCGGAGUCAUCGAGCGGUACUUCCCAGUCACAUGCUUGAUGGACCAAGAAUCAGGAAGGGAGGGUCAAAAAUCUUGGUGGAUUUCCUUUUCUUCAAAGUAUGACAAGCACUUGUUAAUGAUGGCAGGCGAAAAAAGGUGGAGCGUUACUUACAGUCAAAAUGGAGAAGUGGAAAUAUGUGCAGUGUCUUCAGAAAAAGGCGAAAAAUCCUAAUGCAGUGAAACUAUAUCCGUACACACAACUGAAAAUAUUUAUAUAAA